AUGGCUCAGGGUCAAUUGAAGAAGAGCAAGCCCACCACGGCUACGUCGAAGCGACCCUCCGCUACUGCCGGCAAGGUGAAGCCCGGUCCUAGACAAAUUGCGCCCAAGAAGGCUUCCCUGGUUAAGGCGGCCAAGUUGACUAAGAAACUCACAUCCGGUCUUGUCGCGAAGACGGAACGCAGUUUGGCAUCGAAGGCGGGUCAUUUGGAGAUGUUGUCUGGUGGAAAGAAGGAUAGAUUAAAGGCGAAGGGAGGGGACAAGGGCAAGAAAUAA